GAGGUGCUGUCAUUGUUCAAAAUAAUUCGGAUUUUUACGAUUAUUUCGUAAAACAUUUUCGAGUGUUUUUUACGCGAGUUAUAAAACAAGAUAUUGUUGAGUGUUUGUUUUUAAAUGUCGUUAAACUUAUUUUCUCUUGCAAACAUCUGAUAUUAUAAUUAUACUUAUUGGUGAUCGAAUUAUGUGAACAAUAAACGAGGUGACCAAGUGCAUUAGAAACGAUGGAUCCCGGCUAUUUCGACACGGAGAGAAAACAGAAUCCGCGCGAGAGGGCUAAUAUAUUCUCGAAGAUAUGUUUCUGGUAUACUCGUCCGAUUUUCGUGAAAGGACGGAAAGGUCAGCUCAGCAUAUCGGACAUGUACAGAUGUACCCCCGGACAUCGGGCAGCACCUCGGGGCGACGUUAUGGGUGAAAAGUGGAAGCAGGAAUUAGAGAAACGGAGUAAGGGAAAAGUGCCUUCGCUACUUACUGCCAUUUAUAAAAUAUACGGACUCAAGUUCCUAGUAUUCAAUCUAAUAUUUGCCGUCAUUGAUUGUUGUAUAAGAUUAUCGAUACCAAUGUGCCUUGAAGGUUUGAUCAAUUAUUUCUCUCCAUCACACUCCGGAGUUAAGGACUAUGAGGCUUAUUUAUACGCUGUUGGUUUAGUUGGCUUCAUGGCGAUAAAUGCGAGUAUGAUGCAUCCAAUGCUGCUGUUCCUGCUAGACAUGGCUAUGAAGAUCAGGGUUGCGUGUUGCUCGCUCAUUUACAGAAAGCUCCUGCGUCUAGAUCUAUCCUCAGGCGGUAAAGCGACCGAGGGUCUGGCUGGUCACGUGAUCAACUUACUAACAACCGAUGCGCAGCGGUUCGACAUGGCGAGCUUGUUCAUGGUCGACCUGGUCCGAACUCCUAUAGAAAGUGUUAUUAUUGUAUACCUGAUGUACAGACAGAUCGGCGUAGCUACCCUCAUUGGGGUAGCUUUCCUUCUGAUGUUCAUACCUCUACAGGGGUAUCUCGGCAAAGUUUCGUCCAGAUUCCGUCAUCAGACCGCAAUACGGACGGACAACCGCAUCAGGCUGAUGAACGAAGUUAUACAGAGCAUUGAGGCCAUCAAGAUGUCCGCCUGGGAAAAUGCCUUCGCUGGGAUCAUUGGGGAAGCGAGGAGGAAAGAAAUGAACGUCAUAAAGAAAAUGUCAUGGCUGAGAGCCGUUAUGAUAUCGUGUGUCAAAUUAAACACGAAAGUCGCAAUAUUUCUAAGUAUAAUAUCGUUUAUAUCGUUUAAAAACGACCUAACCGCCGCGAAAGUGUUCGUUAUAUUUUCGUAUUACGACAUUUUGAAAUAUUCUCUCGUCGACUUCCUGCCGCUCGCGAUAACGUUCACGCUAGAGGCGUACGUCAGCGUGAAGAGGAUACAGGAGUUCCUGUUGCUGCCGGAAGUUGAUAACCAAGAUGGCGUCGACUUGGUGAAUAUCGAUGAGAAAAGUCAAGCCGUUAACGGGGUGUUCGAGAAAAUUGGUAACGGCCAACAGACAUACAUAAAAUCGGAUACGAACCUGGAACAGAUGAAGCCAGCUGUUCUGAUCAGCCUCAAGAACUACACGGCCCACUGGAAGAACAGCGAGAAGGAAGGUGACAUGGUGCUUGCCUUAAGCGAUAUCAAUUUAAAUAUUAAACCGGAAUCCCUGACGACGAUAGUCGGAACGGUGGGUUCGGGGAAAACCACAUUACUCUCAGCUAUACUUCGCGAAAUCACCCCCACCAGUGGUCAGCUCUCCGUUAACGGUGUUGUGGCGUACGCGGCGCAAGAUCCAUGGCUCUUCGAGGCGUCGGUUCGACAGAACAUACUCUUCGGGCAAGAGCUGGACCUACGGAGGUACAAGCAAGUGAUCAAAUGCUGCCAGCUGAAGAAUGACCUGGAUAUUCUACCGCAUGGGGAUAAGACCGUCGUCGGGGAGAGGGGGGCGUCCCUGUCUGGCGGCCAACGCGCCAGGAUAUCCCUAGCGCGCUGCGUGUAUCAGCAGGCUGAUGUGUAUCUCCUAGACGAUCCUCUAGCUGCUGUGGAUGCCAAGGUGGCGCAGGCGAUCUACGAGGACUGCAUCCGCGGCUUCCUGCGCGAGAAGGCCACGCUGCUGGUGACGCACCUCGUGCAGUACGCGCAGCGCGCCGACGCCGUGUGCGUCAUGCGCGCCGGACGGAUAGUGGCGCAGGGUACGUACCACGAGCUGAAAAACGGAGUCCCGGAGUUUGAAAAGCUGAUAGAGAUGACGGAGAAGGUCGAAGAAGAGAAGCAGAAACAGAAGUAUGAGAAGCAGGAGAGCUUGGACCACAACCAGAAACUGCGUUCGCAGAGAUCGAUGUCGGUGGCUUCUCAAUUAUCCUUCAAUAUGGAGCUCGAUAAUAAUUUAGACCCUAAAUAUGAAGGUGAAAUUCAAAAGAAGGGUUCCGUGGAUUUCAGCGUGUAUUUGGGAUACAUAAAGAGCGGUCACGGAUCUCUGACGCUGUUCCUGCUGUGUGCGCUGUUCAUAUUGGCGCAAGUGUUCUACUCUUCGACAGAUGUGUGGCUGAAGGAGUGGGUUAAUAUGGAAGAAGCAAACAGUGCAUUUAACAUCGCCAGACGAAACGUAACGACCAACGAGACCGCGCCACCUUUGAACUUCGAAGACCUACCCUCCAACCAGUUCCACCUGACGCGUGCUCAAUGCGUUUACAUAUACGCUGGGUUGAUAGGAAUAUGCAUGUUCUUCACCUGGAAUAAACUGCUGAUCUUCUACAACACGUGUAUAAAGGCCUCCGUGGCGCUGCACGAUACUAUGUUCAGGGGUGUAACAAACGCGCCGAUGUGGUUCUUCCAUCACAAUCCUUCGGGUCGUAUCCUGAACCGUUUCUCCAAGGACAUGGGACAGGUCGACACCCUGUUGCCUGUGGCUUUAGUCGACUGUCUCGGAUUCUUUCUAGAAGUGAUCGCGAUUCUCGUGGUCGUUUGUCUCGUCAACUGGUGGCUUCUACUGCCAACUGCGGUGGUCGCGGUACUCUUGCACCUUCUGCGUCUGCUGUUCCUCAACACCAGUCGCGAAUUGAAGAGAAUCGAAGCUAUCGCUCGCAGUCAGAGCCUGAACCACGCGGCGGCGACGGUGACGGGGCUGUCCACCAUCCGCUCCACGCGCGAGCAGCAGCGCACGCUGGCGCAGGAGUUCGACAAGCUGCAGGACCUGCACAGCUCGUCGUGGGCGCUCGUGCUGAGCACCAACCGCGCCUUCGGCUUCUGGAUGGACAUGGUCUGCUGCCUGUACCUCGCUACUGUUACCUUCAGCUUCUUCCUUUUCGUCGGCGAAGAAACAUUGGGUGGGAACGUGGGUCUGGCGAUCACUCAAGUGAUAGGUCUGGUCGGCAUGUGUCAGUACGGGAUGAGGCAGACGGCAGAAGUCGAGAACCAGAUGACGUCGGUGGAAAGAAUAUUGGAGUACACAAACCUACCGCCAGAGAAGCCAGUGGAGCCGGAUAUGAAGGCAUUGAGGAUGGAACACCCGAAUUUGGACUUCGAAACAUGGCCAAAUAAAGGCGAAAUAGUCUUCGAAAAUGUAUCGCUGGAAUACGAGAAAACGCCCAAGACGGACCAGCCGCCGGAGUCCGGGAUGAAGCUCGAGGAGCCGGCGUACGCGAUACGAGACGUCAGCUUCCGAAUCCGUCCCGGGGAGAAGGUGGCGGUGGUGGGGAGAACGGGAGCGGGGAAGAGCUCGCUCAUCGCCGCCCUGUUCAGACUCAGCAAGACGUCGGGCCGCGUGCUGGUGGACGGCGUGAGCGCGCAGCAGGCCGGCCUGCGGCGCUGGCGCGCGCGGCUGUGCGCGCUGCCGCAGCGGCCCGCGCUGUUCGCGGCCUCGCUGCGCGACAACCUGGACCCCGAGCGCCUGCACUCCGACGCGCAGCUGCACGCCGCGCUGGACGAGGUGGAGCUGCGCGGGUGGAGCGCGGCGCCGGCGGGGCUGGCGGCGCGGCUGGGCGACGGCGGCGGCGCGCUGUCGGCGGGGCAGCGCCAGCUGCUGUGUCUGGCGCGCGCGCUGCUGGCCCGCCGCGCCGUGCUGGUGCUGGACGAGGCCACCGCCAACGUGGACGCCGAGACGGACAAGCACAUCCAGACGACGAUCCGGACGAAGUUCGCCGACUCCACCGUGCUCACGAUCGCGCACCGGCUGAACACCGUGAUGGACUACGACCGCGUCAUCGUUAUGGACAAGGGCCGUAUCGUUGAAUCCGGCCACCCGUUCGAGCUGUUGACUCAGUCGAGUCAGCAAGCGAAGUCGGAGGCGCAGCCGAGACGAGCGAUACUCACCAAGAGUCAGGCUCCGCUCGCUAUACCGGAGAACUUCCGACACGCCGAGACGGACUCGCUCGGCGUCAGCAGGGACAGAGUACGGACCUACUCCAACCGAUCCGAGAUGAGCGAGCAAGAUAGCAGUGGCGGUGUAUUCAAGUCGCUGGUAGAGCAAACGGGACAGGAGACCGCCGCCAUGUUGUACAAGAUGGCGGAAGAGAGCUAUAAGGAAUUCCUGAAGAAGAAACAAGCAUAGAGAAGAAACGUGAUGAAUUUGACAUAACAAUAUUAAGAUACGAAGAGUCGUUUGGUAGCUGUGAUCGAACAAAUACAUACAUUACCAUAAGGUAGUAUAACAUUAUCUUUGAUAAUGCAUUUAUAUUGCAUUAAUUAUAUAUUUAUAAUAUAUUCCAAUGAUAGGAGUAAAGAUAAACAAAUAACUGUGACCUUAAAAUUAUAUCGUUGGUCGAGUCUAUAUAGUCUGUGGUAUUCAUUAAACGUCUGCGUAGCUGUUGUUAUCGGAUAUUUGAAAGUAAAAUUAAAAUAAUAUAAGUUAUGAAGGGUGUUGUACUAUAAAUAAAGAUAUAAUAAUCAAGAACUGUUUGUAGUGCGUAAUAUAGCAGAGCUGUUAGGAAAUCGUAUGCAAUGUAUAAAUUUAAGGUUUUUUUUUAUCUGUACACCUUCAUUGGAAUAUACUAAUGAAAUAUUUGUAUGUGAAAACAAAUAUACACUAAAUUGUACUUAAAUAAAUAUUCGGCUGAACUUAGCACAAAAAACAUACAGGCAUUAAGUGUUAAAAAAAAUAUAUAUAUUUGUUACAAAAUGGCGUUAACUUUCUGCCAUAAUAUUCCUUAGGAAAAUAAAUCUGUGUGUACUAACUGGUAGUUAAAAUAUAUUCAACUACCUCGUGGAGCUUAUGACUUAACAUGGAGUAGCGGGUUCGAUCCCACGUGAUGUAUAUGCCUUAAUGUAGCAAUUAUUAUUGCAAAUCUAUUAUGUCAAUUUCGCCUUUUUAUAUAUAAAGUUAUAUACAGCAUUUAUAAUAUACAAUAUAUAAGUGUUUAUAUUAUUGUGAUCGGUAUAAAGUGUAAACAAAUUAUCGUCCAAAUGAUUAUUAUUUUUAGCAAAUAUAUAUAAUAAAGCCGAGAUGGCCUAGUAAGAACGCUUGAAUCUUAACCGAUGAUCGUGGGUUCAAGCUCGGGGAAGCACCACUGAAUUUUCAAGUGUUUAAUUUGUGAUUAUAAUUCAUCUCGUGUUUUACGGUGAAGGAAAACAUCGUGAGGAAACCUGCAUGUGUCUAAUUUCACUGAAAUUCUGCCACAUCUGUAUUCUAUGAACCCGCAUUGGAGCUGGUGGAAUAAGCUCCAAACCUUCUUAUCAAAAUGGAAAGGAGGCCUUAGUCCAGCAGUGGGACAUUAACAGGCUUUAUUAUUAACUUACUGUACUGUAUAAGUAUUUUAAUAAUUAUGUACAAUCUUUUAUAUUAUACUAUAAAAAACAUUUUUUACAGAUAAAAUAACUUCUAUAUCUGGUCACUAUAUUCAAGAAACGAUUCGUUUAUUAAUAACGUAUCGUUUUAUAAUAUAAUAUUAAUGGGGGGUUUGUUUACAUUUUGUACAAAUUGUUAAUAUAUAGUUACAUUUAUACCAAUUUCGCCUGUAACGUAAGUAUUUUUGUCAUGAUAAGCAGUUCUUAGCGAUGUAAGGUAAUUGUUACUUAAAGUCUUAAACGUGACUGCUUAGAUUACGUCAUAACGGAAAAUUUCGAAUUCCAAUCGAGGCAAGCACCACUGAAUUUUCAUGUGCUUAAUAUGUGUUCAUCGUUAGGAAACCUGCACGUGUCUUAACCUUCUUAAUAAGGAGACCACGCCUUAGCCCAGCUGUGGGACAAUUACAGACUGUUACUUAAUUACUUCCAUUACACCACAAUAGAAUUAACAAAAUACCGGUGCUUUUGCAUAGCUUUAAAAUUAAUAUCAUGAGUAUUAUGAAUAUUAUACGAUAUACCUAAAAGUUGACAAAAAAAAAAUCAUUUUUGCGUUAGUAACGUUGUAUAAAUAAACGUUGAAGUUUGUCAGGUGAAAUCACGCAUUUAGAAUUCAUAUGAAUGAUAAAGUAGCUAAGUGUCUUACUAAUAUAUAGCCAUAUUGUAUAAAUUUAGGAGAAUUUAAACAGGUUAAAAUGUUUUAGCUUUUUUUUAAAAUCCUUAUCAAAAGACUUAAAUAUAUUUAUGCAUUUCGAAAAACGUUUAUACAUUUUGAAACAUAUAAUCUCCAAUGUGUUUUAGUUAUUCCCAGUCAUAUGUCUUAAUAAAAUUGUUUUGUAGUAAAAUAAUAUUGUGUAGAUAUACAAAAAAUCAUUGUCUUAUAAAAUAUGGCUAUUUUGCGCCAUUUUAGUUUUCUAGUAUAUAGCAUUGUCCAGGAGUAGACGUCGUAUCUAUUCGUGUUUAGGCUGAAGACUAGAAUGCAAGAAACAUUAACGAUCGAUUAGCGCCAUCUAUCGACAUUGGCUACAAACACAAAAGUGCUAUUACAAAAACAAUUUUAGGGUGCUUAUUUAAAUGUUACAUGUAUAAGAAGGUAUUGAACACUAACACUACACUACACUACGGUAGUUUGAAUUGAAAGGAUCUGUGUUCCUUUUCAAUUACAGAAGUCCAACCGCUAAGAGAAUGCCUUACUGACACCUGUCAGUUGGUCAUGACUCGUGCAACCGUAGACAGAGAAACAGUUGACGUAACCUUUAUAAAAAAAAUAAAUAAAUGUGAAGAUUUAUUGACAUAAUUAUAUUAUUAUUUAGUAGCACGAUAAACGAUACUAAUGUAUGCAAUCGUAAAUUCAAAGUUACAUCGUCUAUUUGAUCACGGAUAUGUCGGAAACGCAUUCUCUCAACGCUUCAACAAGAUACAACAAGAAUAAGACAAUAGCUUUACUUCUCUAUCAAUUAAAAUAUAGCAAGUUAUAUAGUUUCGACUAAAUUAUAUUUUUAAUUUAAACAAAACUUAAUUUUAAUUAUUCGUUUAAGUGAUAUUUUGUAUUUAGAACAGUAUUUUUCCAAUCGGAUGUCUUAGCGAAUUUAUUAUUAAUAUACUUUAGAUUAUUAAUUACUUAAUUCACAAAGUGUAGUUAAUAGUAUGAUUUAAUAUUUAGAUAAAAAUUUAAAUAUAUUUGUUAAAGGGAUAUAUAUUUUAUUGAUGUUGUGUAAAGUUAUCCUAAUCAAUAUUUGAUUUAAAAAAAAAGACAUUUCUGAUUAAAAAAUCAUCUGUAAUACUGACAAAAUAAAUAUUUAAAUUUUGCCUUUAUGUAAACGUCAAUUAAUAUAAAAUUUAUUAUCUGCGUUAAAUAUAAGUAAUAACGUUAAAAUAUGUAUUUAAAAAUAUUAAUAUUUGGUGCCAUUUUAUACCCCAUGGCUUUUCUAUCCUUGCGCAGUGGCGUAGCAAAGUGAUUAUUUAAUUAACAAACAUUUUUAAUUAAUAUAAAUGUUAUGUAGUACUUAAAAGCUUUGAUUUGAAUCAGAAAAAAUGCUGUAUGCAAAAAUUAUCGCCAAUCAUUUUGUCCAACAGACAGUUUUACAUUCUAAGGCCCCUUACACGAGGGGCCUUGCAUUUUGCCAUUUUUGUAACUAUUGUUGCGCCACUGCUCUUAAACAGCUUAUAUAUUUAUUUUUACAAAUAACGAAUUCCUCACUUCGAAAAAAUUUAAACAAAUAGUCUUAUAUUGUUUAUUUCUAUUGUUACUGUACUAAGCCGUCAAGUGUAGAAAUAAUUAUAUAAAUAUAACACAGGUGCCGAAGGAACUAAUCAACAAAAAAAUAUUUUGUGAUUUUUUUUUUAAUACUUUUGUACUGUCAGAUAUAGUGUAUAAAUGAAUAUUAAAAUAUAUUUUUUAAAUUCAAGAAUGAUGAAAGUAUUUUUUUGUUCUGUGGCAUUUCUUGGUUGUACUUAUUUUAAAAACUUAAAAUGUAGCACAUUGUGAUAUGUUACAGGUAAAGUUAGUAGGAAAAUAAAUAUUUAUGUUU